GGCGGGGCGAGGCACGGCCCUCCCGUCUUCGUCUUCCUCUUCCUCUCGUGCUGGUUCCGUUUGGAGAGCUUUCGCUGCUGCCGUUCUUCGCUACUCUACGCGCACGUCUGCGCUUCGGCCGUUUGGGCGUUUUCUCUCUGCCUUAAAGUCGGGUGUUUUUUAUGAAUAAUCAAAAGCCGCAGAAGCCGACGCUAUCAGGGCAGCGUUUUAAAACGAGAAAAAGAGAUGAAAAAGAGAGGUUUGACCCUACUCAGUUCCAGGACUGUAUUAUUCAAGGUUUAACUGAAGCUGGCACUGACUUGGAGGCAGUAGCAAAGUUUCUUGAUGCUUCUGGUGCAAAACUUGACUAUCGCCGCUAUGCAGAAACUCUUUUUGACAUCCUGGUGGCUGGUGGAAUGCUGGCCCCAGGUGGUACUCUGGCAGAUGACAUGACGCGCACAAACGUCUGCGUAUUUGCAGCACAGGAAGACCUAGAAACCAUGCAGGCAUUUGCUCAGGUUUUUAACAAGCUCAUCAGGCGUUACAAGUACCUGGAGAAAGGCUUUGAAGAUGAAGUCAAAAAGCUGCUGCUGUUCUUGAAAGGGUUCUCAGAGUCUGAGAGGAACAAACUGGCCAUGUUGACGGGUAUUCUGCUAGCCAAUGGGACGCUUAACGCAUCCAUUCUCAACAGUCUUUACAAUGAGAAUUUGGUUAAAGAAGGUGUCUCUGCAGCUUUUGCAGUCAAGCUGUUCAAGUCAUGGAUAAAUGAGAAAGAUAUUAACGCAGUGGCUGUCAGUCUUCGUAAAGUAAACAUGGAUAACAGGCUGAUGGAACUCUUCCCAGCCAAUAAGCAAAGUGUUGAACACUUCUCCAAGUACUUCACUGAAGCAGGACUGAAAGAACUUUCUGAAUAUGUUCGGAACCAGCAAAGCAUAGGAGCUCGCAAAGAGCUACAGAAAGAACUUCAGGAGCAGAUGUCAAGGGGAGAUCCAUUCAAGGAUAUAAUCUUGUAUGUGAAAGAGGAGAUGAAGAAAAACAACAUCUCUGAACAGACUGUGGUAGCCAUAAUCUGGUCAAGUGUAAUGAGCACAGUGGAAUGGAACAAAAAGGAGGAGCUGGUAGCAGAGCAAGCCAUUAAGCACUUGAAGCAAUACAGCCCUCUACUCGCUGCCUUUACUACCCAAGGUCAGUCAGAGCUGACUCUUCUGCUGAAGAUUCAGGAGUAUUGUUAUGACAACAUUCACUUCAUGAAGGCCUUCCAGAAAAUAGUGGUGCUCUUCUAUAAAGCUGAAGUUCUGAGUGAGGAACCCAUCCUGAAGUGGUACAAAGAUGCACACCUUGCAAAGGGAAAGAGUGUUUUUCUGGAGCAAAUGAAAAAGUUCGUUGAAUGGCUCAAGAAUGCUGAAGAAGAGUCGGAGUCUGAAGCUGAAGAGGGUGACUGACCUGUGAAACUCUGUCCUCAGUAAAGCAAACAGCUGUAGAUAAGUGUCCUGUCUCACGUGUCCUCAUUCUUACAUCCUACCUCCCUGUAUCAAGCAUGAUAUAAGGGCUCUCAUGGCAAUUUAUUUUAACUGUUUUCUACAGGUAAUGAAAUACCAGGUUUAGUUUUUAAAACCAUGUUA